AUGAGGAAAAUAUGUUGUGGGCUGCUGCGGAUGUUGUUGAGUAGUGUUGUGUUGUGUUUCUUAUCGUGCACGGAUGUGUUUUCUUUGCGUCACGCGGAGUACGCUGGGACCCUCUUUGGUCGCGUGUAUGUGUCUUCUCCCUUGCUUGAGGCGAACCUGCCGACGCGGUUGGUGGACUGCUUUCCCCGCGUAGUUCUCAGCCCCUCCAACAUAACGUACUACUGCGAAGUCAGCGACGCCGUGGAUCUCAGUGGGUUGCGCCUCUACGCCUCGUACUACACUCCGGAAGGCACACUGUGCGGCGGGUGGCCGGCCACUUUGGAGGCGUCAUCAAACCUCAUUUUGUUUGUUCCUAAUACUGCUGCCCCGUCAGGGAUGAUGGUGCUUGUCAUCACCGAGCGCUUCGUGGCGGGUGACGCUCAGUUCCAGCCUGUGACGACCAACGCAUCCAUAUACUUCUGGAGUAGUAAAACCACCCACGCACGCUUCGUAGCACCCUUUCCGUACUAUGGGAUGCAGUUUGCGUGGGAGACGAACAUGCCGUGCGAGGGUGCUGUUGCCGGUACCCUACUGGUGCGUGCUGGUGUGGAGUGUCACCGUGUCGCGACAAACUGCGGUGCAGACGUUGGAUGCUACAACGUGACGGAUUAUCACCAUCUUCCUUUGCCUGGAAACUACUCACUCUGCGUGACCGCUGAUGGGUGGCGCGGCCACUACCUGCCGUGGGGUCAAUCCUUUCUUGAGGUGAAGUCGCUCGUGACGAUCCCGCUGUAUGUCGUGAACGGAACACGGGUGACCAUCAAAGUGUACGAUGCGGCGUUAGGCAAUCCGUUGUCCCAUGUGCAUCAGGUGUUUUUGGCACCCUGCGCCUAUGGUGCUUGCCAAAAGAGCGAGGUAGUCUCCUUGGAAAACGUGAUGCACGUCGACAGUUGUAGAAGGGCUCACCUCUCGGAUCGCAUACAUUACGCAGAAGAUCGCCCGCUUUUCCUGCAUCAUUGGAAAUAUGUUGUGUGCGUUGAACUCUCGUCUUGUUCUUCAGCCUCUGCAGACGUUGCUGCCUGUGGUGUGGCGCUCUCAGCGUUACCCGUGACGGCUCUUGUGAACGCCUUUGCACUUGCAGUCUUGAAUGUGUCGUGCGACGCACUGAUAGUUGGGCUGACCGGGGGAGACCUUGCUGUCCGGAGUAUGCCGUACUAUCUGUGUUUGCUGCCCAGCACCGCGUCGUGUGGUUCGGAGCUGAACGCAGCAUACGCAUGUGCACGGAGUGCAACGCCCAAUGCACCUUUCAUACGCAUCAAGAGGAGUGGUCUUGAGUUGCCGAACGCUUUAACAUUGUGCCUCGUUGCGGCGAACGUGACUUUUUGGGGUCACCGCUACGUUUGGACGCAAACGCUGGUGAGCGUCACGCUGAAGGACGAUGCGUGUUCCUUCAAUGGGCGACACGGUUCUACGGCUCUGAUCGUUUUGGGCGCUGCUGCCGCCAUUUUGUUAGCAGCAGCAAUAAUAGUGGUUUGCUUCCCACGUUGUCUAAGGGCACGUAGGGUUGUCUCCGGUGAGGAGUUGGCAACUGCGCCCUCCGUGCCUCUGCCGGCCGCCGCCAGACCGGAAUUGAACCCUUUCGUGGCCGCGGGCCAAAAGCAAACGGACGUCACUUCUGCGCACGCAUGCCACGACAAGGAGGGUUCAGACCUUAGUUUGCCUUCCCCAUUUGUGUCGGUGCUGCCUGCAGAAGAAGAUGGGAACCGGCGUCCGCCUCUCGCAUGUCCUCGCCUGUUGGAAGACAACGCCUCUAUUACUUUCAGCCCCCACAGCCGUGUUUUGUCGGAAACAGCGAAGCCGCCUGCAUUGCUCUGUGCGUCUCGCGAGGACUCUACGAGUUAUCGUGACGCUCAUAGAGACACCUCUGCCUUUGAAGCUGUGGGCAAGACGACUUUUGACGCCGAGGAGUGCGCUUUUGUGGCUUCUAAUGACGUAGCGCAGGUGUUCGGUGCAGCAGCCUUUCAUGCAUGCCUGAAGCCCAGAAGGGGCGAAAAUGAGCUGGUCGGUUGCAGGACGCCCUCCGCCACGGUGGAGUUAAGGGGUGUUCCUCAGCAUGCCUCGGUAACUGAUGGGGCUGCGAAUGACGGGCAUUCUUCAUUGAUGCUAGAUGCAUCGACGUUGUUUUCAGUGUCGCCUUCUACGGUUGCCCUUGUCACUCCCAGCUCGCAGAAGCCGUUAGAUGAUAUUCCGCCGCCAUCGCCACCGAGCGCUGAUGUUGGAAGGCAAGAAGGUAAGUCGGAGGCACCAACUUUUCCCACCUUCUUUACAACCCUACAUGACACGCUUGGCGCCGAUGCGCCGCGUGGGGAGUGCCAACGGCCGCUGCCGGCGGUGGAUGAGAAAACACCUUUGCCAAGUGGAAGGUGUGCUUUGGUGGGCAACGCUGAGAAUCAAACCUAUGCUGGGCGUGAGCUAUCAGGACCCGAUGCGCUACUCGCUGUUUACGCCGUCACUGAGGAUCCCAAGCAGCUCUUGGCACGGGGCGCGCUCAGCGGAAAAGAAGUGGGGCCGCUGACGGUGCAGACGGUUGGUGCAGCCGCCAUCAAUAAUGUAACAGACGACACGAGUUGUAAGCCCAUUAGUGUGGUUUCUGCACCUCUUUUUGAGGGUGGUGUGUCGACGACUUCAUUCUCUACAGAAACAGUUUCUCUAUCCAUGGGUGAACGGCUUCCAGGUGCGCUCUGCAUCGAUCUAACAGAGCAGCCUCUGGGCACGACUAGUUUCGAAUCCUGUGAGAAGCCCCCAACCUCGGACCGCGUCACUUCGCUUGGAGAAAGCGAAUGUGACACCGUUGACACUUUGAGCUCCUUGUCGUGA